AUGCAAAGAUACUCUUGGCAUCUUCUGGGUCUGUGUGAGAUCAGAUGGACAAAUUUUGGCGAGACGACAACAGAGGAGGGCCACCUUCUUUUCUAUAGUAGUGAACCAGGUAGGCACAUGUACGGUGUAGGGCUCCUGGUACACAGAGACAUCAAGGCCUCUGUACUGGGAUGUCGUCCGAUCUCAAGUAGGCUCAUUACCAUCCGCCUCAAGCAAACACCUUUCAACAUCACAGUCAUACAGGCAUACGCACCAACCUCAAAGCAUAGUGAUGAAGAAGUAGAGGACUUUUAUACUCAGGUGCAAGAUGCCAAUGACAAAGCACCAAAGAAAGACAUUUUUAUCCUCCAAGGUGAUUUGAAUGCUAAAGUGGGUAAAGAUGCUCAAAAAGACUGGAAAGACUCAUGCGGAACAAGUUGUAACAGGGAAACUAACACUCUUGGCAACCACAAGACCUCGAGGAAAUGGACCUGGCACCACCCUGAUAAAAUUCGCCACAGUCAGGUCGACUACAUCAUGAUGCCUCGGCACUUCAAGAGUGGAAACAAAGAAGGAAGCACCUGCACCUUCCCAGGUGCUGACAUAGGUAGCGAUCACGACUUGGUCAUGAUGAACUACUGA